UAAAUACGGCUACGAUGUCCAAAGGUGAGACUCGCAAGCAUUUGGCCUACCCAAAGAGAAACUCACCAUCACUCUCUUAAUUAGCGUUGGGUCUUAUAUCUUUCUCUCUCUCCAGCUUCCAAAAAUGGAGACCUUCCUAUUCACUUCUGAAUCUGUGAAUGAGGGACACCCAGACAAGCUUUGUGAUCAGGUUUCUGAUGCAGUACUAGAUGCCUGCCUUGCACAAGAUCCUGACAGCAAGGUUGCCUGUGAGACUUGCACCAAGACCAACAUGGUCAUGGUCUUUGGUGAGAUCACAACCAAGGCCAAGGUAGACUACGAGAAGAUUGUGCGUGACACCUGCCGUACAAUUGGAUUUGUUUCCGAUAAUGUUGGCCUUGAUGCUGACCAUUGCAAGGUCCUGGUCUACAUCGAGCAACAGAGCCCUGAUAUUGCUCAAGGUGUCCAUGGCCACCUUACUAAGCGUCCCGAGGAGAUUGGUGCUGGUGACCAAGGUCACAUGUUUGGCUAUGCUACUGAUGAAACCCCUGAGUUGAUGCCUCUCAGCCAUGUGCUGGCAACUAAGCUUGGUGCCCGCCUCACUGAAGUCCGCAAGACUGGAACCUGUCCCUGGUUGAGACCUGAUGGAAAAACCCAAGUCACUGUUGAGUACUGCAAUGACAAUGGUGCAAUGGUUCCAAUUAGAGUCCACACUGUUCUCAUUUCUACACAACAUGAUGAGACUGUCACUAAUGACGAGAUUGCUGCCGACCUCAAGGAGCACGUCAUUAAGCCUGUCAUUCCUGAGAAAUACCUUGAUGAGAAGACCAUCUUCCACCUUAACCCAUCUGGUAGAUUUGUUAUUGGCGGGCCUCACGGUGACGCAGGUCUCACUGGUCGUAAAAUCAUCAUCGAUACAUAUGGUGGUUGGGGUGCUCAUGGUGGUGGUGCCUUCUCCGGCAAGGACCCAACCAAGGUAGACAGGAGUGGUGCCUAUGUCGUUAGGCAGGCUGCCAAGAGCAUUGUUGCCAGUGGGCUUGCUCGCAGGUGCAUUGUGCAGGUCUCUUAUGCCAUUGGUGUGCCCGAGCCAUUGUCAGUGUUUGUUGACACUUAUGGCACUGGCAAGAUCCCAGACAAGGAGAUUCUUCAGAUUGUGAAGGAGAGUUUCGAUUUCAGGCCAGGUAUGAUUGCCAUAAACUUGGAUCUCAAGAGAGGUGGAAAUGAGAGAUUCUUGAAGACAGCUGCAUACGGUCACUUUGGAAGAGACGACCCCGAUUUCACAUGGGAGGUGGUUAAGCCCCUGAAGUGGGAGAAGCCCCAAGCUUAAGUUUCUGCAGUUCAUUUCUUGCAAGAGAUCAAUGAUGUCCUUGCUCUUUUCUGCCAUUUUGUGGCCCAAGAGUCCACCUAUUGUUUGCUUGUCAUUGUGCUCUAUUUUCAUUUUUCCUUUGUUGUAUUUUCUUUGUCAUGGUCAUACAAGAUAUGUGGGGAGUAGGAGAUAUAUCGGGUCUUGUGGUUUUUGAUGAAAAAAUAUAGAAAGGAGCUGCUUCAUAAUCUGUGUUAAGAAGUAAACAGUGAUUUUAGGGUUCAGCUUUGGAGCAGCGUCGUUGUAUUGAUGUUCGUUUGUGGACAUGAGGUUAUGAUUUUCUAGCUGUUCUAUUCAUUAUGAUAGAGCUUUCUCUGCUAAGUGUGACUAAUGUUUACU